AUGUCUGAAGUUGCUAGUUAUCCAUUACCACAAAGUGCAGGUUACGCAGUUGUGGUGGGUUUAGGUUUCGUAUUUGCGGCCGGUAUGAUGUUAACCACAUACAUUUUAAAACGAUACAACGGAGAAAGAAUGACUUCUGAAGAGUUCUCCACUGCUGGUAGAUCAGUGAAAACUGGUUUAAUUAGUUCUGCAGUUGUUUCAUCUUGGACAUGGGCGGCGACGUUAUUGACUUCAACAACUCAGGUUUACAAUAAUGGUGUUUCAGGUGGGUUCUUUUAUGCUGCUGGUGCAACCUGUCAAAUUACCUUGUUUGCUUGUUUGGCUAUCAAAGGAAGAGAAAGAGCUCCAGCUGCUCAUACUUAUCUUGAAAUUAUUAGAGGAAGAUAUGGAUCAAAAACUCAUAUCAUCUAUAUCAUAUGGGGUUUCGCUACUAAUAUUUUAGUCACUUCCAUGUUAUUAACAGGUGGAUCUGCUGUGGUUAGAGAUUUAACUGGUAUGAAUCCAAUUGCAUCUUGUUUGUUAUUACCAUUAGGUGUUGUCGUCUAUACCCUUUUCGGUGGGAUCAAGGCAACUAUCUUAACUGAUUAUGCUCAUACUGUUGUCAUGGUCUGCAUUAUUAUUGCAUUUGCUUUCACCACUUGGGCUACUUCUGACAGAUUAGGAUCCCCAGGUGCUGUUUGGGAAAUUGUUACUAAAUUAGCUGAAACUCAACCAAGAGAAGGUAAUGCUGGUGGAUCUUACUUUACCAUGCAUUCUAAAUCUGGUAUUAUGUUCUUUGUGAUUAAUAUUGUUGGUAAUUUCGGUACCGUCUUUUUAGACAAUGGUUAUUUCAACAAAGCUUUCGCAGCUAACCCAGCUUCUACCUAUCGUGGAUACAUCUUAGGCUCAUUAGCUUGGCUUCCAAUCCCAGCCUUCUGUUCCCUUACUAUGGGUCUUGCUGCUUUGGCUUUAGAACAAACUGAAUACUGGCCAUUAGGUAGAAGAAUGACUGCUGCUGAAGUUAGUGCUGGUUUAGUUUUACCAAAUGCUGCCUCUGCUUUAUUAGGUCAAACUGGUGCGGUUUUAUCACUUUUAAUGGUGUUUAUGGCUGUUACUUCUGCCAUGUCUGCUGAAUUGAUUGCGGUUUCAACUAUCUGUACUUAUGAUAUUUACAGAACUUACGUAAACCCACAAGCUACUGGUAAGAAGUUGAUUUGGAUUUCACAUUUGUCAGUUGUUAUUUUUGCUUAUACCAUGGCUGCCUUUUCUAUUGGUCUCUACUAUGCUCAAGUUUCCUUGGGUUACUUGUAUGAAUUAAUGGGUAUUAUAAUUGGUGGUGCUGUGUUGUCUUCUGCACUUACUUUAUUAUACAAACACCAAAAUUGGCAUGCUGCUACAUUCACUCCUCCAAUUUCAACAACUUUUGCUAUUAUUGCCUGGUUGGUUUGUACUAAGGUUAAAUUCGGUUCCAUUAGUUAUGACAAUACAUUCCAAGACGAAGCUAUGUUGACUGGUAACUGUGUGGCCUUAUUAUCUCCAUUUAUUUUAAUUCCUACUUUUAUUUUCAUCUUCAAGAAACAAAACUUCGAUUGGGAAAUCUUGAAACAAAAGAUCAGUAAAGUUGAUGAUGAUUUGGAAGAAGACCAACCAAGUUCUGACAAUGAAAUUACUGACAAGGUGAAAUCUGAUGUUUUUGUUGCUUCAAAAGAAGUUGAUAUGGCUGCAUACGAAGAAGAACAAAAAAUUCUUCAUAAUGCUUUCUUUAAAUGUUGUAUCAUUUGUAUUACAUUGACGGUUUGUCUUUUGGUUCUUUGGCCAAUGCCAAUGUAUGGUACCAGAUAUAUUUUCAGUAAGGAAUUCUUUACUGGUUGGGUUGCUGUAUUCUUCAUUUGGAUCUUUUACACUGUUUUCCAAGUUAUCUUGUUCCCACUUUGGGAAAGUAGAGAAAGUCUUGCAAGCACUUCGAAGCAAAUCUUUUGGGAAUUGACUGGACAAAAGGAAAAAUUACAAGCUUAUCAAGCUGCUCGUUUUGGAAAAUUGAAGAAGGAAGAGGCUGAUGUUUUGGAAGGUAUGGAAGUUGAUGAAGAAGUUGCUUCUACUGGUAAGAACUCUUCUCUGAAAGUUUAG